GGCACUGGAUGAACGCCUAUCGUAGCACCUCAAAUAUUGAGUUGUUUUCUGAAGAUUCAAGACGAUAAACUUCAUUUCAGAGAUAAACUUCGUUUGGAUUCUUUGUGUAAGUCUAGUCAAGGGCACAUGGAACAUUUGAAACAUCUGCAAGCAAACAAAUGGGAGAAAUUCAAAAACCUCAACCACCCUUCUCCCUUUGAAGGAGCGAUUUCAUGCUGGGAUAGCUUCAAUCUGUAGCUUCUUCUCAUGCAUUUCAUCAAACACUUGACAAACGCACCAAUUGCCUUACCUUUGUCCAUAUCCACGAGGAAUCCCACGAAUAGGAAGUAGGCUAUGAUGAUGCUGAUCUCGUCGCGUGCUUGGCUUUGUGAAGGUUGGAGGCUCCAUCCGUGGAGCGGUGAGCUGCAGCGGCCGAGGAAGAUCAGCGAUCAGCGCAGGAGGAAAGCGAGAACCCCGGCCGGCAUCUCGCCGCCGCCCUUCUUCUGGUCCUCUCCGGGGUUCUUCCAGCCGCGACUCGUGCGCCGGCGCGGUAGCAGAGGUCGGCGGCCACAGGGGUCGCGAUGCCGAGGUAAGAAUGGCACGCGGCGGCGGGAUGCAGGCACAGGCGCGCCACCGCGGGAGACGCCCUGGAGAUGUUCGAGGCGUGGGGCCCAGGCCACCGACGAAGAGGAGGAGAGACCGGAUACGGUGCGUCGCUGGUGGCUCCGGCGGUUGGACCACGGGCGGCGGCGGCGGCGGCGGCGGCGGUGGUCACGAGUCGAACUCGGAUUGCGUGGUUUCUACGCGGCGGGGCAUCGGGGUUCGAUCUAUAUCAGCCGGGUUGCGGGGAUAGAUCGCACUUUUCCUUCUCCUCGAUCGAUCACGCGACGUUCUUCUGGCGACCUAACAAUCCGGGGAGCUUCUCUCGCCGACGGCGAGCAAACAAUCCGGCGAGUUUCCUCUUUCUUCUCCGAUCAUCAUUUUUGAAUUUCAGCAUCGCAAUUGUUCAGUUUACUUGUUUCGCUUGUGCAAUCACUUGGUCUUUGUGUUCUUUGCUGUGUUCUUUGUUUUGCAGAGAUGGCUAGCCAUGUCGCUGCGACUCUGCCGCCGCUGUUGCCUACCCCGGCGCGCUGCCUCCUCCUGACGCCUCCUCCGGCGGUGUACACGGCUUGUGUGGAGCUGAACACCAAGAAGCAGCAGCCUGAACGUGCCUCGAUGAGCAGAAGCUGGAUCAAGGACAAGGCCGACCUUCCUGGGCGUGCUUCCCGGAGCUCCAGCUGGGCCACUGACAAGACGCUCCGUCGUGCCGGAACUUUGAACGGCGGCAUCGAGCGCCUCGGCCGCGGGGAUACGUCGAGGGAAAACUGGAAGAGGCCGGCCAGCCGCGCGCCAUCCGUAGACCGGUGCGAGAAGAAGCCGAGGCCUCCGACUGUGAUGGUGGCAGCCUCGGAGGCAUCACUCCUCGCCGGCCCGGCGCCGUCGGUCGGCCUGUCGGAGAAGAAGGCAAAGCCUACGACUGAGAUGGUGGCAAACUCGGUGGUUGCAUCCUUCGCUGGCCCUGCUCUGUCGAUCGACCGGUCGGAGAAGAAAGCAAAGCCUGCGACUGAGGCAGACUCGGAGGCGGGGACACUCUUCGUUGGCCCUGUGGCGUCGGUCGACUGGUCGGAGAAGAAGGUGACGCCUCCGACCGUGAUGGAGGCAUCGUCCUUCGGUGGCCUCGCUCCGUCGAUCAACCGGUCCGAGAAGAAGGCGACGUCUCUGACCAAGAUGGAGGAGUACUCGGAGGCAUCCUUCUUCGCUGGCCCGACAUUCAUGGUGUCGCCAGACCCGAGCGAGCUGCCCAUGCCGACCUUCAUCAUGUCGCCGGACCCGAGCGAGCUGCCCAUGCCAACCUUCCUCUAUAAGCACAAGGUGGCUAAAGUGUUAGCUAGACUAGUCGCUUCGAUGCUCAUUGAUCAGCAAGGAGAUUGAAGUUGUUUUUAGUGUAGCUAGGUGGAGUAGGCUGAUCAGCAAGAUUGAAGCUGUUUUCAGUAUGUAGCUAG